GCUGUUGAAAAUAAGUAUAUUUGACAUAUUUUAGGCCAAAUUUGCGCAUGAUUAAAGAUGUUUGAAGGAAGAUUGCCCCGAAGCGGCCCCUUUAAGGUCAUCUUCGACUCCCUCCAAGGCCUUAUUGAUGACAUUAAGAUCAUUGUCAAGUACGAAGGGAUUUCAUUUUGAGGAUUAGAUCACCGAAGAGUAGCCUUAUUUCACAUGGAAAUUAAACGAAAAGAGUUUGUAUACUACGAAUUUGAUGUACCGAUGGUGCUUUAUGUCCGUGUGCUAAAUAUCCGCAAGACCUUACCCUUGAUAGACAAGAGUGACGACAUUGCUUUCCAGAUACGAGAAGGAUCUGAUCGGUUUAUUAUUCUCAGUGAGAGAAAAGAUGGCAAGAGAAAGUUCAAAUUUGAGUAUAAGCUCACUAAAGAGAUUACCUGUGAUCUUCACCCUCCUGAGAUUUCAUAUAGAUCCCAGCUCAGCAUUGAUUCUCUCUUUUUCAGAUGGCUUGUCAGAGAGAUGAGGAGUAUCUCUGACAAGCUCAUUCUUGCCGUUGAUGGAGAAAUAGUCAAAUUCCAAACUGAGAAUGGAACAAAAUUUGGCACUACAAGUAUUAAGACUAAUAAUAAGACCAUCAUCAGGAGAGAGAAGGUUAUACAUAAAGAGUCAGGCUUAAGUAAUGAUAUUUAUAAAGAAGAGAUAAUCAGCAGCAUGGCUUACUCUACAAGGUACCUCAGUGUGAUCACUCGAGUAGUAAGCCUCUCAAAUAGAGUGAUACUAAAGAUGUCCAAUGACUUACCCUUGCUUGUUGAAUACCAGUGCAAAGAGUACGGAGUGCUAAGGUACUACCUUGCUCCACUUUUCAGUGAGGAUAUCUACCAAUAAAUAAGUAAUUAAAAUAAUUUCAAUAAAAUGUAACUUUUAGG